AUGGCAGCUCUUGUGUCUUCUAAUCCAGUCGUGGAGUGUGAGAGAAAGAAGAAGUAUAAAAAGAGGAGGAGGAAGCAUAAACCACGCAAAAGGAAUCCAAAUCAUUUACGAAGGCGUGGUCGGCGUAGUGGUGUAAUGUGUCGCCGAUGGAGGGAAUCGAUGUUGUUGGAGGGACCAUCCUCUAUUCAAGCUGGUGAAAUGGCCUCGUCGUCGGUGUCUCAUUCUGGUAGUUUUCCAGUUGUUGAUUUGACUUUGUUUGAUGAGGAUACGGUUGAGUUACCACCCAGUUCUCCUCCGAUCGAAGUCCUAGACGCCAAUAAUUGUGCAAAGAUACGGUUCCCGAAGGAAAUUCCUGCGGAGGUUUUGGAUGAUUAUUUGCGCAAUCAUCGUUCUGGUGAAAAAUGGGUUUUACCUACAGUUAUGUUGGUUAUGGAUAUGAAGGUACCUGCAUUUGUCCAACCUGUACAACGCAAGAGGAGGAGAGAUUCCAAAAAUGUGUGGAUGGCUCGUGAAGCCAAUACAAAUGACUGUGCGAAGGCUGACUUUCCUGAAUGGACUUCUGCCGGAGUCCUGGAUGUUCUCCUGUGUUACCGCUCUUCUGGUCAGAGCAGUCUUCUCUGCUGUAUGUUCCUGGUUUUGGUGAUUAUGAUUUUAAAUGGUGAAUACGGCGGUGUCUUCGUCAAAGGCUCCUUAUGCAGAUUGUCCCACGCAAGAGGAAGACGGGUUUCAAAAUGUGUGAGUGGUCCCAGAAGGCGUAGUCAACGUGUGAAGCGUCGUGGGCAAGAAGGAAGAAUCGUGUGACAUUCCUGU